AUGUUAAUAGUUAUAUUCAUAGUCAUCUAUUCAACCAUUAAACUCAAAGAAUAGUUAAAAUCUAAUUAGCUUCAGAUAUAUUCAAAAAUCGUAUUUCUUUGCACUUUUGGAUUUAUUGUUUGUGUAGUUGUCAUUUCUAAGAUAAUAUAACACUUCAAAACUAUCAAAUUUGAAGUUCAAUAAUAUUAUCCUAGAAAUACUGAAUUUAAUAAUCAUUAUCUUAAACUCCUUGUUCAAGAUUGA